AUGCCAUUGGCUGACCUCUAUCGCGGUAGCUGUCAGCCUUCUGAUCUGGGACCUGACCGCGGAAAUUUGAGGAACUUGUAUCAACAAUUUGGCGAAUGCGAAUCGAGGAGUUCCGAACGAUCAAGAUCACGCGGGAACAGUUCAGAUGGGACGCAGGAACCUGACGACACAAAUCUGUGGCCUUUUGUGAAUUGGGCCCCUGUGUUUUUCAAUGCUUGUGGAAUGCCAGCAGAGCAAUAUGCCCACGCACUUUCCCAACCCCUGGUGGUUGGAACCGCUUGCACUGGCUCAGCUGCACCCAGCUUUGCGCUGGACCAAAUUGUAGGAGCUCACAACUUCAGUGAAGUGAUUGCAAGCGAGUCACACGCAACUACACGCAAGUGGCUGUUGGAGAAUCGGAACAUGCACCAUCUAUACCAUGACCUGACUUUUGCCCGGACUGGUGGGCAGUGUCAAGUGCAUCAUCAGCACUGUCCACCCAUGCCACUACCAAGUGACAAGGAGGGAGAAGGGCAAGCACGCCUGGAUAUCUAUAUUUCAGGCUUUGUAUGUAAGAACUUUUCACAGGAAAACAAUGUCCGCUUCCAACACAGUGACGUGCGCGAGCUAUUUAUAUCCGCCAACAUAGAGACCGAAGCAUGGCCACUAAAUGAAUAG